AUGUUAUUUUUUUCAUUUUAUAAAUCACUUGUUGGUAAAGAGAUUACAGUGGAAUUAAAAAAUGAUCUUUCAAUAACAGGAUUAUUACAAUCAGUUGAUCAAUUUCUUAAUAUAAAAUUAAAAGAUAUUAAAGUAAACGAAGAAGAUAAAUACCCAUAUAUGAUUUCAGUUAAAAAUUGUUUUAUUAGAGGUUCAGUUGUAAGAUAUGUACAUUUACCAGCAGAGGAUGUUGAUGUUGAAACUUUACAAGAUCACUCAAGGUUAGAAGCAAGAGAACAAAAAAAACAAAAUAAACAACACCAAGAACAAACUAAUCAAAAAUCUUCAAAUACAACAACAACAACAACUGUUUAA